GUGAAACUUGAAUGUCUGACAUCAUGAAGUGUUCUUGGUUCCUUAUCGCAACGUUCCUCUCUAUGGCCUGUUUCACUGAUGCUACCGAAAAGAAAUGUGAUGAAGUAAGAUUUGGCAGUGGAAAGUAUGACGUUAAGAAUGAAUGCUGGGAGAAAGAGCCUACAAAGCCGCACUUGGAGGUCCGUUCUGACUGUCAAUCUUUGACGAUCAGGAGAAAAAUUCUUCGUGCUUUAAAGUGCAGACCAGGAAUAAAGAAGUUUCUUGAUAAAAAAUCGUUGGACUGCGAACCAAGCAAAGUGUCAGAUAUUGGACUGACAAACGUUUGCCCACACAAAUUUGAGUACGUAACAAGGGUAGUUAGGAAUAGUAAAUCAUGCUACGUUGUAUUUCCUCAUCGGCAGUGUGUAACAUACGCAAAAUGUGAAAACAAACGGGGUUGCUCGAAGAAUGCUUCCGUAACAAGUGCUUGUUUGCCUGAUAGACAUCGCUUCUUCAAUGUCUGGGUUUUCUGUCCUGACAAUCAUAGAUUUGAACUGGAAACCUUGGAGGUACCUCAGUGCUGUACAUGCAGAGAAUACAAACUCUGCAGCAGUACCAGUGAAUAACACUGACACCGGUGAGGUGGAAGGAGUAUAGAUAUAUGGUAUUCGCUUGGAACCUCACAGCAGCAUAGAACAAAAUAUAGAAUUGAGGCAAUGAAAAAUAGUGAAAAUACAACUGGUGGAAUCUCAAUGUCUAAAACGACACAGCUUUUUACUAUGUGACAGAUGUUC